AUGGUGGUGGUGCGGUUCAAGUUAGUGGAUCGAAGCGGCGAGCAGCUUGGCCCAACAGGCUGGCUCGACUUACAAGCAGGUGCCUUAGUGGCCACUUUUCUUAGCGUGCUAGGGAGCCCGUCGAUGUACAACGACGCGAACCUCAAUGGGGUCAGCAUAUAUUGUCUCAAGGUGUACGGGGACCAGAAGGCGUAUGAGGAUCCACAACAGGGGCCACUUCAAGUAGAAGACGCGAUUGGAGAUCUUGGCUGCAAUCUGCCAAUGCCCUCAUUGUGGAAGUUCCACGAGUCUGUUCCAGACACCGAUGUCGAUUGGGUUCCCCUCGCUGACGAGAACAAUGCUCAAGAUCUAAGGAAGGCCGUCUUUGCCAUAUUACCUCGGGCUCUCCGUGAUAAUCUGGAAGCCGAGAGCCUUCGCGUCUUCGCGAACGAUGCCGUGUAUCAACAACGAAACGCAACUCCUCUUGGUUCGCGCGACAGUUUGUCUGGCCUGGGAAACAGUGCAGCCAAUGCCCUCAUUGUGGAAGUUCCACGAGUAUGGUAUAAGUUGGUGGACGCAGAUACUGGCGACACAUUUCCACAAACAGACGUGAAUUGGGUUCUCCUAGCUGAUGAGAACAAUCCUCGAGGUCUAAGGAAUGCCGUGUUCGCCAAAGUGGGCUCCGUUCUUCCUGAAAAUGUCAUUGCCGACAACCUUCGAGUCUACGGGACUGAGACCGUGUCCAACCAAGAGAAGCGAACUCUUCUCGGCUCGCGGGACAGUUUGGCUGGUUUUGGAAGACAUGCUGUCAACCCCGUCAUCGUGGAAGUCCCGCGCCCAAAGAAACGGGUGAAACUAACAAAUUCGUCACCACCUACUGUCGACUGGUCUACAGCUGAGUCUCGCUUUCACCUGUCGAUUCCUGACACCGAGGAGCUGAUUGUAAUGCCACCGGAAUGUUUCGGUGGUGCUGGCAUCGGUGAAGACAAGAAAGCAAUGGUUCUGUAUCGCCGGCAAGAACUGGUGAAUGAGUGGAACGAAAUCGAGAGGUGCUGCAUCCGGACCUACUCUCACUUAUGGAUCCAUGGUCCACCGGGCACAGGGAAAUCAUGUGCAGCGCUCGCUUAUGCUUGCUCGCUCGAUCCAUCGGAGUGGGAUGUACUUUGGAUUCACAGUUCCCGAAAAUUUGGCGGCUCGACUGCGUGUGGUUGCAAGUCGUAUCUGCCACAAAUGCUAGACGCGGCGUCUAUCGCUAGAGGAAGCAGACCUGCCGUCGACAAAACCAACUUUGAAGAAGAAAUCGGAGGAACUAUCGUUUUUUUGGACGGGUAUGUCUCCAACGAUGAUGUGAUGGAUCGCGCUCUAGAAAUAUGCAUCGAGUGGCAGGACAACGACAAAGCCCGGCGUCGGCUGGUAAGUGUUACCUCCAUGGCAAAAGUUGGCAAGGGCUACCAACUGCCUGAUUGCCGUAAAAUCCCGGUGGUAUUUCCAGAACGUCAGGCUAGCACAGACCAGUUAGAGCCUAUGGAUACAUCAGAGCAGAGACUUACGGACCCAGAUGCGCGACCGAUGUGGAGCCACUCACUGUUUAAGCUGUAUUCCUGGACGCUGGAAGACUAUGAAAAGGCAGUCUCCCAUGACACUUUUUUCGAAAGUAUUGAGACGAAAAAGAAGAGUACAAGAAAAGUAUUUCGUGGCCGGAGAAGUGCGAGGGUGAUGUUUGACUAUGAACUACUCGAUGCUACGCGGUAUCUACAAGUAGCAAUCAGUGCAGUGACAGAUAUCGAGAUGUGCUCGAAGGUUCUGACUGGUAAUGCAGCAACUGGUACAAUCAAUCGUUUGGUGGCUAUGUACAGCAGAACAGGACGCGACGAAUCUCAGCUAGUGAGCCGAUACGUUAUGGGUGCGCUUGCUAUUCGAUUGGGUCCUGAUCUAUUGAAGUCGUUCGCCAAGCUCAAUGGGGUAGUUCCUUCUGUGGAUGGCUACAUGUUUAAAGCUUGGUUGUUUUCUGAGUUGACCCACAAUGGUGUGAGGUGGCAGUUGCCAGACGCGGAGCCUGAGCAAUGGGAAUUGUCCACAGUCAAUUAUUUCAAUCCUGCAUGCCACCUAGGCCAACUGAACUACAAGGGGCAGUACCAAGACCAAACGUGGCUGGCACCACUGAAGUGGAAUGAGGCGGGCUACGACGCCGUUUUCGUCGACAAGAGCAAGCUUGUCCUGCUUGUCCAAGUGACUCGGGCUCAAACACCUUCGAACCUGCAUUGCUAUGCCUUUGUGGAAGUACUGAACAAGCUCGCAGCGGAGAAGGAGCUGAUGCCGUUUAGAAAAAUUGAGAUGUGCUUCGUUGUUCCAGAGUGUAAUCUGACGAGACUUCAGAGAAAACAUUUGGCGGUCGCUGGCCCACCAGAACGAGUGACACGAUCCAGCUCUCCAAGUACCGUUUUGCCGUUUGAACCCUGCCUGGUGGACGUCAAGGUUGUAAGCGUCGAGUAUGAUCCCACGCACAACCGCCCGGUCAAGCUCAACCGUCAUGCAAAAAGUGGAGUAGUGCGAGAGGAAAUGGAUAGUACGGUGCUGCAUAUCGCUAGUAUCGAUUGGUGA